AUGCCGCCGAUCGUGAUCGGGAUUGGCGGGUGUUCGUCGAGUGGCAAAACCACGCUUGCGUCUUGGCUAGCCCGUUGCUAUAAAAAGCCUGUCGUGAUCUCGUUAGAUAAAUUCUACCUCAUGGAAGAUAACCCGAAGUUAGAGAAAGUGAUUCCGGAAUUGAACAUGUUCAACUACGAUCACAUUUCGGCGUUCGACGUUCGUGCUAUUGUACGAGCUGUCAAAGACGCUAUAAGAAAGGAAUCCAUCGAUCUCGUUGUGGUGGAGGGAAUCGUUGUGUUCGAGAUUCCUUCGCUUCAAGACUUUUUUACUCGAAAGUAUUUUCUGAAGCUUGAUUCUGAGGAAUUCAAAAGACGUCGAAAACUUCGGGUUUAUCCAGGCGCACCAGACUGCGAUAAAUACGUGGAAAAUUUUGUAUGGCCUGGUUAUCUGCACUUCCUCGAUGGAGCCCAGAAUCAGGAGAAGAUGGUGUUUCUUGAUUCGACUUACCUUACUUUGGAACAGAUGUUCUCGAUAAUUAAGCGAGAUCUGCCACAAGAAUCACAUUGA